AUGAAGUUCUUCUCUAUGCUUGUGGAGAGAGAUUCGAAUCUGCAACGUUUCAACAGAUUCUUCAUGCAACGAGUAGUGGCUGGGAAUUUGGAUACCAUGCAAUCAUUUCACUACGCUGAAUAUGAUGUUGAAGACUCGAUUUUGCCACUCCAACCAUCUUUAAACUAUACUGCACCUGAAUUGGUGCGGAGCAAAACUCCAUCGGCUGGAGCUUCUUCAGAUAUUUUUAGUUUCGGAUGCCUCGCUUAUCAUUUAGUUGCACGGAAACCAUUGUUUGAUUGCCACAACAAUGUCAAAAUGUACAUGAACACAUUGAACUAUUUAACAAAUGAAACUUUCUCAUCUAUACCCUCGGACUUGGUAUCUGAUUUGCAACGGAUGCUAUCAACGAACGAGUCCUUCAGACCAACAACAUUAGAUUUCACAGGAUCUAAUUUUUUCAGAAGCGACACUAGGUUACGUGCCCUCCGUUUUCUUGAUCAUAUGCUUGAACGAGACAACAUGCAAAAGUCUGAGUUCUUAAUAGCAUUGUCAGAUAUGUGGAAAUAUUUUGAUUUGCGUGUAUUACGGUAUAAGGUGCUUCCGCCUCUUUGUGCUGAACUCAGGAAUUUGGUUAUGCAGCCAGUGAUUUUUCCUAUGGUUCUAACUAUUGCAGAGUCUCUGGAUAAGAAUGACUUUGAGUUGACAACGCUCCCAGCUCUUGUUCCUGUUUUGAGUUCUGCUACGGGUGAUACUCUACUGUUGCUUGUAAAGCGUGCAGAGCUUUUAAUUAACAAGACUAGUGCAGAGCAUCUUGGAUCUCAUGUCCUCCCUUUGCUUCUCCGAACCUACAAUGACAACGAUGUCCGGAUAAAGGAGGAAGUUCUGAAAAGAUCUACAUCUGUUGCUAAACAACUUGAUGGUCAGGUCGUAAGGCAAGCAAUUUUGCUUCGUGUUCAUGGCUUGGCUCUCAAGACUACAGUUGUUGCCGUCAGAGUAAAUGCUUUGCUCUGCUUAGCAGAGCUGGUUCAAACGCUUGAUAAACACGCUGUUACUGAAAUCUUGCAAACAAUUCAACGUUGUACUGCCGUUGAUCGUUCUGCACCUACGCUUAUGUGUACUCUUGCAAUCGCAAACGCAAUUCUCAAGCAGUAUGGAAUUGAAUUCACUGCCGAACACGUGCUUCCCCUAAUUAUACCACUUCUCACAGCCCAACAAUUGAACGUCCAACAAUUUGCCAAAUAUAUGCUAUUUAUCAAGGAUAUUCUCAGGAAAAUAGAGGAGAAAAGGGGAGUUACUGUCAAUGAUUCUGGAGUUCCAGAAGUUAAACCAGGCUCUGCUGCAGAUGGGAUCCAGUUACAAACACCAAUCCAAAAAAUUGAGAAGGUUGCUUCUGCAGCAAAGAACAGUCCUGCAUGGGAUGACGACUCCAUUCCGACCAAAAGUUCUGCUUCGAGAGAUCCUGCACCCGCAAACUCUCAGUUUAACAAUUCUACAGUUCAACCACAGCCAUCGAACAAGACAACAGUGCCAACGACAUGCGCUCCAGUUGAUAUAGAGUGGCCACCAAGACAAUCUUCCAAUGUUACUUCUCAUCUAGCUAAUGAUGAGGCACGGCUAAACUCAGGAGGAACAUCAUCAACUCCUAGUUUUGAUGAACUAGACCCUUUUGCUAAUUGGCCACCGCGAGCGAACAGUGCUUCCAUUGCUUCUGGGGGUUUCCACAACGGUACUGCCGCCACUCGACCUCCACCGAACAACAGUGGUUCUAGUUUGAGCAAUAAUAUACCAGAAAUGAAGCAGUUUCCGAGAGAAAACGACUUCUGGGCCUUUGGCAAUGCUUUCUUGUCUUCUUUGAAAUCACAGCAAGGAGGUUCAGGUAUCAGUGCAAGUAACCAAGAUCCUAUGAACUCUUUUGGUAUUCAAAAUCAGAACGAAGGAAUGCCGUUGUCUUUCGGAAGCAGUUCAUACAGUAACCAAAAGCCGCCAGCAGACAUAAGUUCAAUAUUCAAGUCAAGCAAAACUGAGCAAGCUGCAAUGAGACUCGCACCACCACCUUCGACAGCAGUGGGAAGAGGAAGGGGAAGGGGCAGAAGUGGGACAUCUACCUCGAGGUCAAGUGGUUCCAAGCAGCAACAAACCGAGCAGUCGCUGUUGGAUCCAUUGUGAUCAAUCGUUCGUUGAGACAACAUUGGGUUUGGUCAAAAACAUUUGCAGAGUGAGGGAGUGAGUGAGUUGGUCGUUUGUUUUGUUAAUUCUUCAGGCUAGAAUUCCACCAUAUAUUAUUUAUACAUCACUGCCACAGGUUCUUUCUCUGAACUCUCUCAAUAUUUGCUCAUUAUUGUUUCUUCAAUAGUCACUCUAAAUUUCGUUAGUAUAUUUUUUUAUCAUAGAUUUAAAUUCGAGUUUAUGUGCAGUGCGAUGGGAUAUGUUAUGUAGAAGAUGU